GGGGCCGCCAUCGGCAUGGCUGGUGACACAGGUGCUUAUGGAUCUGCAUCUGGAGAAAAAUACUUGAGCGGAGCACAGAUGAUUGGGGCCUGGAGAUUGCCGAAGAUGGCGGAAGCUCACCAAGCCGUGGCCUUCCAGUUCACUGUCACCCCAGACGGUAUCGACCUGCGGCUGAGCCAUGAAGCUCUUAAGCAAAUCUAUCUGUCUGGACUACAUUCCUGGAAGAAGAAGUUCAUCAGAUUCAAGAAUGGCAUCAUCACUGGCGUGUACCCGGCGAGCCCCUCCAGUUGGCUCAUCGUGGUGGUGGGUGUGAUGUCAACCAUGUAUGCCAAGAUCGACCCCUCGCUGGGAAUAAUUGCAAAAAUCAAUCGGACCCUUGACACUACGGGCUACAUGUCCAGCCAGACAAAGAACGUGGUCAGCGGCAUCCUCUUCGGCACGGGCCUGUGGGUGGCCCUCAUCAUCACCAUGCGCUACUCCCUCAAAGUGCUGCUCUCGUACCACGGCUGGAUGUUCGCCCAGCAUGGCAAGAUGAGCCGCGCCACCAAGAUCUGGAUGGGUAUGGUCAAGAUCUUUUCCGGCCGAAAACCUAUGUUAUACAGCUUCCAGACGUCACUGCCACGCCUGCCAGUCCCGGCCGUUCAGGACACCGUGAACAGGUAUCUGGAAUCGGUGAAGCCUCUGAUGAAGGAAUCAGACUUUAAACGGAUGACGGUCCUUGCUCAAGAUUUUGCUGUCAGCCUCGGACCCAAGUUGCAGUGGUAUCUGAAGUUAAAGUCCUGGUGGGCCACAAACUAUGUGAGCGACUGGUGGGAAGAGUACAUCUACCUGCGGGGACGAGGGCCACUGAUGGUGAACAGCAACUACUAUGCCAUGGACUUGCUGUACGUCUUACCCACUUCGAUUCAGGCAGCGAGAGCGGGCAACGCCAUCCAUGCCAUUCUGCUCUAUAGACGGAGGCUGGACCGGGAAGAGAUCAAGCCGAUUCUUCUUUUGGGAUCCACAGUUCCUCUGUGCUCUGCUCAGUGGGAGCGAAUGUUUAAUACCUCGCGGAUCCCAGGAGAGGAGACGGACACCAUCCAGCACAUCAGAGAUAGCAAGCACAUCGUCGUGUUCCACAAAGGGCGGUACUUCAAGGUCUGGCUCUACCACGACGGCCGGCUCUUGAAGCCCCGGGAAAUUGAGCAGCAGAUGCAGAGGAUUCUGGACGACCCGUCGGAGCCUCAGCCUGGGGAGGCCAAGCUGGCGGCCCUCACUGCGGGAGAAAGAGUACCCUGGGCCAAGUGUCGCCAAGCCUAUUUUGGACGUGGGAAAAACAAGCAGUCCCUUGAUGCUGUGGAAAAAGCAGCAUUUUUCGUGACACUAGACGAAACAGAACAAGGGUAUAGGAAGGAAGACCCAGAUGCAUCGAUGGAUAGCUAUGCCAAGUCUCUCCUUCAUGGCAGGUGUUUUGACAGGUGGUUCGAUAAGUCUUUCACGUUCAUUGUCUUCAAAAAUGGGAAGAUGGGCAUGAACGCAGAGCACUCCUGGGCUGAUGCGCCCAUUGUCGGGCACCUGUGGGAGUACGUCCUGGCCACUGACUGCUUUCAGCUGAGCUAUGCAGAGGACGGCCACUGCAAGGGCGACCCCAACCCGAACAUUCCAUACCCCACCCGGCUGCAGUGGGACAUCCCAGAGGAAUGUCAAGAGGUGAUAGAGACUGCCCUGAGCAGUGCAACCCUGCUGGCGAACGAUGUGGAUUUCCAUUCUUUCCCUUUCCACACCUUUGGCAAAGGGCUGAUCAAGAAGUGCCGGACAAGCCCGGAUGCCUUUGUCCAGCUUGCUCUCCAGCUGGCACACUACAAGGUACGAGCCUGGGGUUUUGUCACAAGCGCUUCAGGGUCCUGAGCACAUUUCCAG